AUGAAAGGUAGUGAAACUCAAAUGUCUGUCAAACGAUCCUCAUCUCAAACUAUGUCUUCAUCUUCAUCUUCUCUUGUUAGCGGAGUUGUCGACAAUAAUAACUCUUCAAACCCGUCCGAUAUGAGUCUAAAAGCACCUAUGGUAAGACCUUAUAGUCGGUCGAAAAUGCCUCGACUUCGUUGGACACCAGAUCUUCACCGUUGCUUUGUGCAUGCAGUUCAAAAGCUUGAAAGAGAAGGAAGAGGGGUUACACCAAAGUUAAUUUUACAACUAAUGAAUGUUAAAGGGCUUACUAUAUCUCAUGUGAAAAGCCACCUUCAGAUGUACAAGAGUAUGAAACAUGAGGAAAUGAGUCAAGAAGCAAAGAAGAAUAUUAUGGCAGCAAAUUUAUUAGCUUCCAGAAUGAUCUCCUCCUCAACCAUGGUUCCAAGCUACCUACAAACUCCUUCCCAAAGACAUUCUCUUAAAUAUUCCAGGAAUGAACAGAAGAAGCACACUUACAUCAUCUUCAACGGUAUCCUUAGCACUGUCCAAGCAAACAAUAAGGACCAACAAGGAUUCAAAGAAUUAACCGCUAGAGGAAAGGAGGUGAAUAAAAAAGAGACAGGUGAUUUGUCUCUUGAGCUCACUCUCACUUGA